CCCAUCUCAAAAAGAAAGAAAGACAUAAAAGAAAUGGAAAGAAAAGAAAAAAUGCUAAAGAGAUUCUAAAAAUGUUUCACUGGCUUUUAGCUAUAAGGAAAUAAUGUAUUAUUGAAUGUGAUAGGAAAUAUAACGCUACUUUUUGACUAAUAAAUUGUUCAGGAUGCUCUUGAAAAAAACUUUGAAGUUGACUCAAAUGUAUAAGCACAUGAUUCAUAAUAAUUCCUGGCAGGAAUUUCCAUGGAUAUAGAGUAAUAUUUUAUUUGCCUUCAUAAUUACUUUUUCUAUGUUUUUACUUGUAAGAAAAUGAGAACAAAUGUGUCUGGAAACCCACCAAUGAGAUACAUACACUUUAAUUAUUUUCAACACUUUUUGUUCCUUAAGCUAACAGGAAAAAACUGAAGCAUCAUUCAGGGUCAUACUUUUGAGAUAAGGUCUUCUUAAGUACUUCAGACUGUGUUUGAACUCAUUAUGUAGCCCAUGCUGGCCUCAAACUUGCAGCAAUCCUCCUGUUUCAGGCUCCUAAGUGCUGGGAUUGCAGGUGUGCUCCACCAUGCUAGGCCUCCAGAGUCAUAUUUUAGCCAUGCAGGAAGAAAACUGCCAUUUAAAUUUCUGUCCUGGUGACUAACCUAUCUGUUUAGUAUUCAUUAAUAUUUUUAAAAUUAUAUUAAUUUUGGGAAAACAUAAUAGCAUCAAUACAAAUGUAUGUCAUUGCUACUAUAGUAGCUACUAUUUCACAAAAAUGUCACUUGCCUCUUAAACCAGAACACAAGGUACACUGGAUGGAUGACAGAACAGAACAGGAAAAUUACUGGAUUCUAAUUUUCUUAAACCGUACAGGAUUACUAUCCAUUGGUAACAGAUUAUAGGGCAUUAAUAAAAUGAAAGAUAAGAUUUUUUACUUCAAUUCCUCUUCAUAAGUUUUCAUUGAAAUGCUGUAUUUUGGAUUCGCCUCAGUAUUGGUGGAGUGCAGUAUAUUUUAAAUAAAGAUUGGCUUUGUGUUAAUCAUUAUUGAAGCUGGAGGAUGGGGGUGUGAAGGUUUACAACAUAAUCCAUACCACUCUGUAAUGUUGUAUAAGUUUGAAAUUAUCGAUAAUAAAUUUCUUUAAGACACUAAAACAUAAGCAUCCACUGUAAUACUGUGUUGAGACUAGAAUUUGUGGCAAUUACAUACCGAUAGCUACAUUAUCGAAGAGUUCUAUAUAAAUUUUGGAAAUAAAGAUUUCAAAACAAGACAGACUGCGGUUCCACACAGAACCUCUGGGCGCCGCUGUCGGCCAGUGCAGAGCAAGCUCGACGCCGGGAUCCUUCAGUCUCCAGCCUAGGGUUUCCUGCGCAGCCACCAGCACACACAGAGGAAACCCACUCGCCCACAGAAGCUCCGGGCUGCGCAGAAUUCCGGCCCCGAACACAAGGAUUCUUAAAUAUUUUUCAUAUCGUUGUAGUGAUUGAAGAUAUUAAUGACCAUGCUCCUCAAUUCGAUAAAAAGGAAAUACAUUUAGAAGUUGUUGAAUCUGUAUCCCCUGGUGCACGAAUAUCUCUUGACCCUGCCACUGACCCCGACACAAACCUAAACUCAGUUAAAGACUAUCAGUUAAGCCCCAACCCUUAUUUCUCAUUAAUGGUUAGAGUUAAUUCCGAUGGUGAAAAAUACCCAGAGUUAUCACUGGAGAAACUCUUAGACAGGGAAGAGCAGCGAUCUCAUCGCUUGAUUCUGACUGCUCUGGACGGAGGGGACCCACCGCGAAGUGCUACUGCUCAGAUAGAAAUCUUUGUAAGGGAUACAAAUGACAACCCUCCGAAGUUCACCAGAGACGAAUAUAGAAUAAGUCUUAGUGAAAAUCUGCUCCCUGGAUCUUCCGUGUUGCAAGUAAUAGCCACUGAUGAAGACGAGGGCGUCAAUGCAGAGAUAAACUACUACUUCCGGAGCACUCCCCAGCGCACAAAAGACAUGUUCUUAUUGGAUGAAAAAACAGGGAUGCUUAGGAACAACCAAUCGCUGGAUUUCGAAGAUAUAGAAAGAUACACCAUGGAAGUGGAAGCGAGGGACGGAGGUGGUCUCUCUACCCAGUGUAAAGUAAUCAUACAAAUUCUAGAUGAAAACGAUAACAGCCCUGAAAUAGUGAUCACUUCUCUGUCUGAUCAGAUCUUGGAGGAUUCCCCUCCUGGAACGGUUGUUGCCCUCUUCAAAACGCGGGACCGGGAUUCUGGAGAAAAUGGAGAAGUCACGUGUGAUAUAGAAAGAGGCUUUCCUUUCAAAAUUGAUUCUUCUUCUAAAAAUUACUACAAGCUAGUGACAGAUGCAGCCCUGGACAGAGAACAGGACCCGGAGUACAAUAUCACCAUUACUGCCGCAGACAGAGGGAAGCCAUCUCUUUCUUCCAGUACCUACAUCACUCUGCACAUAACUGACGUCAACGAUAACGCACCUGUUUUCCAGCAGGCCUCCUACACUGUCCACGUGGCUGAGAACAAUCCUCCGGGAGCUUCCAUUGCUCAAGUCAGAGCUUCUGACCCUGACCUGGGACCCAAUGGCCAAGUCUCAUACUCCAUCGUGGCCAGCGACCUGGAGCCUAGAGAGCUGCUGUCCUACGUGUCCGUGAGUGCACAGAGCGGAGUGGUGUUCGCGCAGCGUGCCUUCGACCACGAGCAGCUGCGCACCUUUGAGCUCACGCUGCAGGCCCGCGACCAGGGCUCGCCCGCGCUCAGCGCCAACGUG